UCUAUGUUGGCCGUCAAAUAGCCGUUAUCAAGAAGGAGAACCGUUCAAGUUCCGUUUCCAGGGUCGUACAGUUGGCGGCUGAAAAGCGCCAAAUCCAAAAUACUUCAGUAAUGACAACAAUAAUGUGCCGGGUCCUUGUGAAGGAAAUGGUCCCGUCCCAGUAAGAAUAGUUAACCGCGUUACUAACGUUAACGUGUCAGUGUGUUCCCCUGCGGAAGACUCUUUUAACAACAUGGAGGAACUGUUCUGCAAAGGGCUGCAGGUGAACGUGAGGUGCAGAGACUGCGAGGAGAGGUUUACUGCUUCAUUUUACAGGAAAGCAAAUAUCAGAGUCACCAUUGAGCUUCAGUUGACAAACAGUCCUGUGCACAAACGGGAUCUUCUAGUACGACUAACGGAUGAUUUGGAUCCAUAUUUUCUUUUUAAUCUCUCCAUAUCAGAAGAAGAUUUCCAAAGUUUGAAAGUCCAGCAGGGUCUACUGAUAGACUUUGCAUCAUUUCCUCAGAAGUUUAUUGACCUUCUUAAUCUGUGCUAUUCUGAGCAAGCGUCCGAAAAUCCAAGAUUUCUUCUUCACUUGUCCACUCAGUCCUCAGUGCUUGAAGGCCCUGCCACCUUCAGUGUUGUGGAGACGAAUGCAUUCAAACACCUGAACCACCUGUCCCUGCGGCUCAUUCAAGGCUCCGACAAAGAGAUCAAAGACUAUCUGGCCGUGUGCCUCUCCUCUCUCAAGGCAGAGAGGCAGGCUGUGGAGAUGAAGCUGAAGAAGACUGAGGAUGACCUGACCAGGCAGCUGAACUAUGCUCAACAGACUCUGUCAGAGAAAACCAAAGAGUUGGACAAAAUGCGCUCCGAGUGGACGAGUCAGAGCAGCUCUCUGUCCAGCCGCCAUUCUCUGGAGCUACAGUCAGAGAGAGAGAAGGCUGCAGAGUUGCAGAGCCGGCUUCAGCAGCAGACGGAGCAGAUCCGUCAGGAGCUGGAGAGCUCUCACAAGACGAGCAGCCAGCAGCUCCACAGCAGACUCACAGAGCUUGAGGCCUCCUGCAGGGAGCUCACAGAGAGGAAGUACAAGAACGAGUCCGUCAUCAGAGACCUGAAGGUUAAACUAGUGGGGACAGAAGAGGAGUGCCAGCGGUCCAAGCAGCAGGUCCUGUCUCUCAGGAGGGAGAACGGCACCCUGGACACAGAGGUCCAUGACAAGGAGCGCCUGGUGAGCCAGCUGCAGAUGAAGGUGGCCGUUCUGGAGCAGGAGGUCAAAGAUAAGGAGCAGCUCAUGCGGCGCACUAAAGAGGUGCUGGAAGCCACGCAGCAGCAGAAGGAAUCAACGGAAGAAAAUGCUGAAAGUAAAGAACUUCACAAUAGGAAACUUGAGGCUACAGUGAAGUCUCUUUCUGAGGAGCUGAUAAAGGCUAAUGGGAUCAUAAAGAAGCUGCAGGGCGAGGUCCGAGGCCUGGUAGGAAAAAUAAAAGUGAAAAACACUGUGACCGUGUCUCAGGAGAAGGUCCUGCAGGACACAUCAGACAGACUUCAGAGUGUUGAGAAGGAUCUGCAGAGCACUCAGCAGCAGCUCAUCACCAAGGAGGAGCAGGUUUCAAAACUGAAGGAGCAGCUGGAGACGACGGUGCAGAAGCUUAAUGAAAGCAGAGAGGUGCUGAAAACUAAUGAGAAUGUUAUAAACUGGCUCAACAAGCAGCUGAAUGAAAAGCAACUCUCCAGAAAGCCCCAGACUCUGGAGUGUUUGGACAAUCCUUCACUUCUAUCCACAGCACCAGCCCUGAGGGCACAGUUUUACCCUCAGACUGGCAGAGCUGCUGCUGAUGUCACGCCUGCUGAGCAGCGGUCAGAGCAAGCAGCCAUCAGACAUGCUGGAGACUCGGGCGGUCUGGAUUCAAAAUACUUUGAGAAGAGAGAUGAUAGCAUCCCAAUCUACGGUCUGUCCUCUAAUCUUCUUCACAAAGACUUCCCUCAGAGAACAAAGCCCUCCAUAGCUUCUGCUUACUUCUCUGCAUGAAGCAGAAAGAGAUAGGUUUCCUCUCAACUGGAGGUGGAAGUAAACACAGCAGCAGCUCUCCACGCCGCUCCUGUUGGUGACCUGUUGUUUUUAAGUAGCUAAUGUUGCUAUUUUAAUCCAUCCAUCAUCUUCUAACCGUUUAUGUCAAAACUGUCUGAAUGGUUGAUCCAGCGAUCAUGGAGAAUGUAUAAAGUCUUUGAAAUUAAAUAUUUUAUUUUUCCUGUUACAGUGUAUUAGGUUUUCCACCGUUGUGUCUUUUCUUUGUUUUCUGUAAUAAACAGAUUUUCCAUCCUCA